AUGUCACGCCAGCUUUCCGUUCGCCGUUCCCGGAGGCCUCGGUCUGCCCCUGCCAUCCGCUCCCUCAGUUUUGAGGAAGAGGAGGCGGUGGAUGACCCCAGGCCUUCGAGUUCCAGGGGUGUUCCUCGCCUGAGGGAUGCACCUGACCCUCUCCUUUACACGUUUCGCCAUUCCUCUGACGAGGAAUGUGGGGACUCGGAAGAGGAGUACACGCCGCCAGCGAAACAUCGCAGGACCAAGGAUCAUUCCGGUGAGUUUUCUCCAUCCUUUGAUUUGAAAAAAGGCAGCGACUCGGAGGACGAGUCCGAGCUCUCCGACUGUGAGUCAGAGGAAGACUUCGUGCCGCUGGACGACACGUCGUUGGACUCUGACGAGAAUCUGGCCGAGUAUGUCAGGCGCCGCAGGGCUCGUACCGCCCCCGGUAUCUCCUCCUUUGUUUGGAGGAAGAGGGAGAACGAGCCACGGCGCUUCGACUUUACCGCAGCUCCUGGGGUCAAGGUUCCUGACCUGGAUGCUGAAUCCACACCUGAAGAGGUCUUCAGGCAGUUCCUGACGCAGGAACUGUUAGAAAAGAUCGUGCAGGAGACGAAUCGAUAUCUGUUUACAAUUUCUCAUGCUCUGGCUCUUGCAAACACGAUUUUUACAAUGCCAAUUCUCCUUGUCCUGCAGAUAUGUUGCGCAGAAUCCACGGACGCCUUCUGCCCACAUGAAGGGAUGGGAGGACACGACCGUGAAGGAGGUUCGUACUUAUCUUGGGCUGCGGUUCUUGAUGGGGCUACAGUCCAAGAGGCAAAUGCGAGACUUCUGGUCUCGCGACCCUCUGAUGUCGUCGGCGAUUUUCCCGAUCAGCUGACAGCAGCACUACACUUCGCAGACAACCAGGCCGAGCGUCAAGCAGAUGAUCGACUCUGGAAGCUGAGGCCUGUCGUAGAUGUGCUCGACAGGCAAUUUAGAGAAGUUUUUGUGCCAAACAAGGUCGUCUCCAUUGACGAGAGCCUUUGGGCCUUCAAGGGGCGCCACCAGGCUCUGCAGUUCGUGCCCAACAAGAGAGCACGCAGGGGAAUAAAGGUAUACAAGCUCUGCUCGAGUUUGGGGCCAGAGGCCGGCUACACCACCGCUUUUCGUAUCUACAUGGGGAAGGAUCGCGGGGACGUCCCCGCGAGCAUGAAGGCGGUGAUAGACCUGCUGGAGAGAGUGGACCUCAUGGACAAGGGGUACGAAGUACAUACCGACAACUGGUACUCGUCCCCUAGUCUGUUCCACCACCUACAAAAAAGAAAAACAAGCGCUGUCGGUACGGUCAGAAGCAACAGGAAGCAGAUGCCAACAGACCUGCAGGCAAAAGGACGAGGAAGUGUAGACUUCCGAAGUACAGACUCGGGUAUGCUCGCCCUUCAGUGGCUGGACAAGAGGCCAGUCACCAUGCUCUCCACGGUGCACACGAGCGAGAUGGUAGCUCUUCCUCCCAACCGCCAAGGAAUCCAACGAAUAAAGCCAAAGGUUGUAACUGACUACAACAACGGCAUGAAGGGAGUUGACUUCAGUGACCAGCUUUCAGGCUCCUACAAGUCCACGAGAAAAAACAUCAAAUGUCUCCUGAAGGAGGAAGACCGCCGAGGAAGGAGGAACCGCAUCGCCCGUGCUCGCUUUGCCCCUGCUGACCCUGCUGACCCACACAUGCCAGAGGACACUCCCCUCCGAAGAUGGCGACGAUGUUCCCAGUGUUGGAACAGAAAUAAGAAGAGGAAGGAGACACGGGUGAUGUGUCGCACCUGUGGAGUUUCCUUGUGUGCCUCACCAUGCUUCAAGGAGUACCACGCCACUCUACAUGCUCCCUGA